AACUUCGAAUAAAUUUUCUCCGAUCACUCUCUCUCUCUCUCUCAUUUAAUCCGAUCGAGACUAUGUUCAAAUUUCGCAAUCUGUUAUUUCUCUUCUUGAUUUUGAUCUCAUCGGUUGUUCGGGAAUCAAGUUGUUCGUAUGCUGGUUCGGCUACCUCCACCGUAGAUCCUAGUAAAGUGAAGCAGAUUUCAUGGAAACCGAGAGCUUUUGUAUAUGAAGGAUUUCUCACGGACCUAGAAUGCGACCAUCUGGUUUCUAUAGCGAGAUCCGAGCUAAAGAGAUCUGAAGUUGCUGAUAAUGAUUCAGGAGAUAGCAAGCUCAGUACUGUUCGAACGAGCUCAGGAAUGUUCAUUUCUAAGAGCAAGGAUUCUAUUGUUUCUGGCAUUGAGGACAAAAUUGCUGCAUGGACUUUUCUUCCAAAAGAAAAUGGGGAGGACAUUCAGGUAUUGAGAUAUGAGCAUGGCCAGAAGUAUGAAUCACAUUAUGAUUACUUUGUUGACAAGGUGAAUAUUGCCCGGGGAGGACAUCGUUUAGCUACAGUCCUUAUGUAUCUCUCUAAUGUGACCAAAGGCGGUGAAACAGUUUUUCCCUUGGCUGAGAAGUCUCCCCGGCGGAGGGCUUCUGAAACAGACGAGGAUCUCUCAGAGUGUGCAAGGCAAGGAAUUGCAGUGAAACCAAAGAAAGGCGAUGCCCUUCUUUUCUUUAGUCUCGAACCAAAUGCAAUCCCAGACACCAAUAGUCUCCAUGGUGGCUGCCCUGUUCUUGAAGGAGAAAAAUGGUCAGCAACAAAGUGGAUUCACGUUGACUCUUUCAGCAAAAACUUGGGAAACAUUGGGGACUGUACGGAUCUAAAUGAAAGCUGUGAGAGAUGGGCUGCCUUAGGGGAAUGCACCAAAAACCCUGAGUAUAUGGUCGGAUCUGCAGAGCUUCCAGGCUACUGUAGGCGGAGUUGCAGGAUCUGUUGAUACACUCCAAAUUUGGAUACCUUUUGGCGGUAAAAUUCUUGAUUCUUGCCUUUGGAAGGAUGGUAAUUGACUUAUUUUAAAAUUAUUAUUGGCUUAUUUUAAGGUAUUGUUUCUUCUACAAAUAAAUACACAGACGUAAUUACUUGAUGAAGUUUCGUCACUCAUGAAUUGAUUGUGUAGCUAUCUUAUGCCCCUUUUGAACUCUGAAGCACGGAUGAAUGAAGCAGCAGCGGUCGGGAACCCAGCAGGACUUUUCAAUCCAUCUGAAACCAAAGGACAAAGGAAGAAAAGAGGUAAAAAUAGGUUUUGACAAAAGAUUAUCCAUUUAUAUGUAGGAGUGAGACCGAGUAAAAACUCGCAGUUUUUGGUAAUUUAUUAGAAAGAAAGAAAGAAAGAUUCCGUAAGCUACUUAGUAGUGGAUAGGUAAAAAGAAAGCACUCCAUUACGAAUGUUGGGACAUAUGAAUAAAGCAAUGUCUAAGAUAAUGAACAAGAUGCUCACUCACUCAACUAGCGCACCUCUAAAGUGGCCAUGGAGAUUCUUCCUCCCAUCACCCAAUAACUCAAUCCCCUCUAAUGUUAACUGCUUUUCUUCCUUCCUAUUCUAAAAGAUGGGAGCCUUCAUGGACAAGAAAAAUGAUAGGUAGCAUCAAACAUGGACUAUGAUCCAUCCUGACAAAUUAUUUAUCUUUUAGAUUGAGUUAAUUCAAUUGGUCAAGGAAGCUUUUUUGACGGUAUGCCUCUAGGAAUCUCUAGUACUUUCAACUUAAUGAUUAUAUUCCAAGUUGAGAUCAA